AUGAAUGUUCUAUACAACAUCACCAAAAACUUGUCCCAUCCUGUAAAGGUUCCUCGUAUACUCUGCUCCUCCGUUCGACUUAAGGAUUCCUCGGCUCUACUCUCGAGAUUGCCGAAGGCUGAUUCGCUUUUUGAUGCAAAUGCAGUGAAGCGUAAGUUUGAAGGGUUGACUUCGCAAAUGCAUGGCGGCGGUGUUGAGUUUCGUGAUUGUCAGUUGGUCGCAGGAGCGACGCCUCAAAAAAAGGACAACUCUGUGGAUCUCCAAAGUCAAAGGAUAUUGAAAAAAAAGGGAUUUGAGGCACUGACGCGUUGGUGUAGCGCUCACCAGGAGGCCGCUGCGUCGUGCAGUGGGACCAACGAGUCGUGCCGUUCGAUACUGCAGUCUUUGAAGGACAUCCGUAUGGUAGAUAUAGCCGCUAUCACGUGGCUGCAGAGUUGUAUGAGUACCUUCUCGUGCGGCCAAAGUCUUGUCAUUAUGAGUCUUCUCUGCGAUGUUCUGUAUCAAAAAGCACGAAUGUUGACAUCAGUGAAAAAGUGCACUGUAGAUGAGGAAAGUAGCACAACUAGCGAUCCAGGGCGAACGGUAGAGCAAAGUCUUAUCAGCACCAUCCUUGCCUUCAGACAGCGCGUUGUUUCGAGUGAAAACUUGGACAGUCAGCCUCUUGCGCUUCUGCUUAGUGCUAUUUAUGGGCUGCAUCGCAUUUCAUCAAAGGGAUUUCCUUUCCUCGGCUCUCUCGAUACCAUGGAACGGUCGGUCAUGGAGGUGCCUGACAUUUUUUUCACCGUCGUGUUUCGCCAGAUGCAGAUGGCUAUCUCGAAGACUGCGACCACGCAAUCCGAAAGUGCGGACUCUGCUCUCAAUAUCGAGAUACUUUUGACGUUUAUGCUUGUCUUCACUCAAGAAAGACGAGCUGAGUUUUGUUCUCGUGAGGAUCAGAAAGUAUUUUCUCAGGUUGUGGAUUUUCUUCAGAGGAAAAUUACCCUGUGCCUAAAAUCCAAUGAGAAGAUUCGCACGGCAACACAAUCAGAAGAAAUUUUAGGGGCCAACGAAGGUGAUAAAAGGAGCGGAGGGGAUGCUGAACUUCACGAGGGAACUACACUCCCAGAUAAAGCGUUAGCAAGUUCACCCAAAACAAGCCCACUGGAUUGUACAUUUAUGAAUCUCAUCUCACUGCAGGAGUGUGCGGAGCUGAUGCGCAACAUAAGCUUCGCGAAAUCGUCGUUCCGUCUGUGCUUGCUUCAGUACGUGUGUUGCUUCCUACAGAAUCCAAGUAAAUUUAAUUUGGAGGAAAUUGAAUUACUUUCUGGUAUAUUUCACACGCUUGAAAAUACGGAAAAGACUCAGGGGCGGUGGCUGACGGAUUACAUCAUUCAGCAGUUACCCCCGCUCAAUCUCGCCAUGAUGGCAAGCUUGCUUCCAUACACACAAAACCCAUCUGCCUACCUACAACGCAUGGGAAUGACGGAUGACCGCAUUAAGUCUCUCAAUCCAGAGGAUUCGCUGAAGGUGCUACAAGUUGGGUCACCUUUUCUCUCCUGGCAUACCCAAAAACAACUAAUCCUAGUAAGUUUGGACCAUACCGAUCGUGCCAUUCUUAAGGGCUUGUUAAAGUCGAGGACCAAACCUUCUGCUGAGCUGCAUUCAGAAGCAAUUUUUGGGAGCAAGUGCUCACUAACACCACACUAUGUAACCUUGUUAUCGAUUCUUAUUCAAAAACUUCCGAAUAUGAAAUCGGACCCAAGUGGAGAGGAGAAUCGCGAAGAGGUGCUACAUUGGGCUUCGGUACUCAUGACAUCGGCUGAUUGGUGUAAAGGUAUCGAAAGUGAGCAACCCCACGACAACUCUCACGGAUCAUCCCUUUCCACGACGACGAGGGAAGAUGACAAGGACUCGUCGAAUACCAUUUGCUAUUCCCUAAAAGCUUUGGAAAUCUAUGUGGUUUAUCGGGAUCAUUACAAACUAAUGGAGAAGCAUUUCAAUGAGCCAGACGCAUGCCCACAGGCCCUCUUCCUGAGUGAUGAAACGCUUCUCAACCACUACGUUCGAUGUGUGUUUAUGUCCUCCUCACUACAAAACAAAACAGAUGUGAUUGUGGUGCUGGCAAGUUUGCUUCGAUACUUGGAGGAUCGGGAGUCCAAAAGGCAGUUGAUGGAUCGCCUCAUCAGGUUCAACGACACCACAUCAUCACACUCCUUGGCUCGCUUUAUUGAGCUCCUCUCAGAAGAGGCGACAGCGCUGUCGGUGUAUAAUCCGGAUUUGAUCAGGCUGUUCCUCAAGCAAAGCCAUCUUGAUCCCAGGCGGCUGGCUGACACUGACUUGUACCAGACAUCUCGAAAGCAACAACACACGCCUCUCCACACCGUUUAUCUUAUUCGAUCCAUCCGGUAUUUGCUUGGCAGUAGUGAAUGGAAGGUUCCGGCACGCUCCGAGGAGAUUCGGAAGGCCAUCACUUCUUGGUUAAACCAAUACUUCUUGCGACUCGGCAACGAGCGAAACGAGGCGGAGAAGAACCAGGGAGGGCUCGCGGCCGAUCGAGAGGAGAUCAGCCAGCCCCGGGAAGCAUCGCUGGCGACCUCAGAAGAGCCGGUUUCAGCGGCGUAUGUCAUCGAUACGUCCCAACACCCCGCAACACGUGGUGCUUCCGGAGGUGGGAGCCGCCUCGUCGGGGUUGAUUCACUUGCGGAAAAUGCUGCUGACGAUGAGUUUGUUUUAACUAGCACAAAGGUCCAUUCUCCUUCUCAUCCUUCCGAUGAUCUUACUAGCUUCAUCGCUGAAGAUGACUUGGAGGAGCUGUUGGAAGUGGUGUAUCGAACAGGAUCUAAUAUACCACCCUCCAUGCUGCGGGAGGUCACUCACCGCUGUCAAUCGAGGCUUUCUGACAAAGGCCGCAUGUUGGCCACAGAAGCUGGCACGGGAGGCCAUACCAAUACGACCGUCUCGUCGUCGUCUAGCGGCGUCAAAACACAAAAGGAGAGCGCAUCCGCUCCCCUUCUGUCUCAUGAUGAGAUCAGUUUUGUGGAUAAACACCACCUCGCAGGGGUGAUAGAGAGGAGUGGCUACGUACCGCCAGCCCACUUCCUGACGCUUGUGCGGUCUGAUGUACCCUUGCGGCUCCCGUUGUGUAGAUCCUAUCUUGAGUUUCUACUUGGAUCCUGUAGCCUAGAAAUAGCUGGAAAUGUGUUCACGGCAUUUUUUAUCGCUGUCCAACGGAGGCGCUCCCGCCCAGAGUUGAUGGAUGAUUUGUGUAUAGUCACUACCGCUUUCGAAACGGUUUUAAAGCGUGUCUCGGCGUCGAUGGACGCUGAGGAAUCAGGAGAUGCCCCUGAGGAGCUUCAGAAAAGGGCACCCACGGUGCUCGCUCAGCUAACGCGUGUUUUUAUAGGGCAUCUCUUCAAAACGCGGCGGCACGCGCCAGUACUGUUUGGGUCUUCAGGGAGUGGAGUGGUGGCCGACAACCCAUCGAAGGAAGGAAUCCUGCGCGGGGAGGUUCCGCAUAUCGUGGUGCGGAUCCCUCACGGGGACGGUACCGAGGCGACUGCAUCGGAUGUUGGCGAUGGGAAAAUAAAGACGCCUACUAACCGAAGAACGCUUAAAGGGGAACUAGAGAAAGUUGAUGGUGUCCUUCUCCGAGCAUUUUCGUUUCUCAGUGACGAAUUAGUGAGGGAAAUCGCGUUGCAAUUUCUUCAGCCCCUAUUUCCCGUAUUUUGCGGCGCUAGCGAAUACUUGUUCACACGGGUACGCGGACAGAUGCAUCAUUUUUCACAAAAGGAACUGAUCCUGUUAGCAUCAAGCUACCCGCCAGGCGCGGAUGAGGUGCUGAAGCACAUGAUGAAGCUCGAUCUGAGGGUGACUGUCGAUUUUGGGGAGUUUUUGAGGGUGGCCAAGACCGUUCCGAUGCAAAUUAUGGAAAAGGUUACUGACGCUCACCUUGAUUCGUUGAGCUUUGCCUGGUGUACGCGAUUGCUGUCCGCAUUGGUGGCUCGUCAGGGCGAAGUUUCUGAUGAAUUUCUCGCUCGGGUUCUGGGGCGCGUGUUGGAAGACAGCAACCCUAGUAUAUCCGAUCGGAAUCUCUUUCUUUUCAUCCUUCAGUCCUACCUACCCAUGCCUGAUCACCCUCAGGAAGGUUUUCACUCUCCACCACAUCGUAGUGUGGAAAGAGCUUCUCCAAAGGCGUCGAAAAAGUUCUCACGGCCGCAUAACACCGGCAGCGAGGGUAAUGCUCUACGCAAUGAAACUCAGGAGUCUCUAGUAAUGACCAAGUACGAUAGGUGUGCUCGAGAGAAAAUUAUUCACAGAUGCCUGAAGAGCAUUCUUUCGCUUGAAGAAAUCACGUCAAUAGAUUCCUUGAUAGACUUACUAUCAAACUCCUUGCCCAUUGCGCAAAAUUUGAUCGAAUUGGCAGUGAUGGAGCGGGCUGAGAAAAUUGUUUCAGAAUACUUGCUCAGUGAAGCGACGGUGGAUCUUGCUAAGCUCACAAAGCUUGUCCAGCUCCUUCAUCGGCACCACUUGCCGAUUCCGAGUAUCGGGAGGAUUGUCAAAGAGAACUUUUUUGAUCGCAAGGAUUUUCUGGAAAGGAUCGCGCCAUGUGCGCUUUCGGAAGGGUCCCCUAGCGUUGACGGGAGUCAUCCCCGGGGAGCCCCGGCGCAGGCGACCUCGAUCGCGCAUAUGGUGGAACUCGCUGCCCUCGUUGGGGGUGCGAAAGGAGGCAGCUCAGGCGCGCAACAGCGGGGAGAUGAUCAGACAAAUUAUGCAUUUCUUGAAGAUGUUUUGAAAACCUUGCGGAGCCACUUUCAGGGGCCGUCCGAUCAGCUUCUGAUGCUAAGCGCGUUGGUCGACACGAUGGCGCGGCAUGAUCUCUCUCCGGUUUAUCAAUUAGAUAGUUUUACGCGAGACCUAUGCGAGGGCGUCUUGAUAGAGUCAAAUAGGUUAUCUUCCAGCGAGCUCGCGAAACUUCUUCAAAAUAUCAGUCGGCUUAAGAAGUGGGAUGUUAUUAAGCAUGUGGACUCAAGAAUGGGUGGAGCGAGUGAUGCUGAGACGUUCGAGGAGGUUUUCCGAGCGGCCUACGAGCGAGCCGAUCCACACAGUCGUUGCGUGGUGGUCAAGGCGAUGUGCUCCGACAAGGAUCUUUUCCUCAAAUACGAGGACUACACCAUGGGCUUCCUUCGCAACGAUAUCCACCUCCUCUCCCAUGAAGACCUCGAGGUGCUUCUAGUGGCCUGUCUGCACAUGCAAAACACCACCAUGGUCGAGGAGAUGAUCGACGCGAUUGGGACUCGGCUUCUUGGGAUGCUUGAUCAGUGCAAACGGAGCACUUUGGUGCGUCUGCUUCAAUGCCACGCGAACUUUUCGAUUCCGGACGACCCCCUGCUCACCCGAGUGUUAACGUUGCUGGAGGAGCAGUUUGUGAGCCGCGGCGAGGCGAGGCUGGAGAACUCCCAGCUCCUAACGCUGCUUCAGUCCAUCGCGCAGCUCGACCUUCCCGUGCCGACGCGACUCGCCACGUCAUGCUUUGCGAAACUUGAGAAACAAAUCGAUAAACUCUCGCAUCACCAGCUCGCGCAGGCGGGGUUGCUUGCGAUGGAGCUGGAGAUGGGCUACUCCACGAGUGUACACGCCCUCGUCGUACGAAUAUUGGAAAAUCGGGAGGGGUACCGUUCGAGUAAGUUCUUUAGGGAGGUCUCUGAGAAGCUGUGCGAUGAGUACGACGUGGAGGUGCCGAUGCUGCUGAGAGCGGCGAAGCUGCGUGCCCGCCGCGAGCGUGAACGGCUGGAAGAAUACUGGAACCAGCGGCGUUCGCUAGCUCAAAUUUGA